AUGUGUGAAUUAAUGAGACUUAGAACAACUGUUGAAAAGGAGAAUAGUCCUCCUGCCGAAAUCUACAGUGCAAGGGACAGUAGUCCAAGUCCUGCAAUCGUGGCGCACCUGAAAAUUGAGCUCGACACACAACGUGAGAAGACCAAGACAUACGAGAAGCGUUACCGCAGCGAGUGCAAGUGGGCCUCACGAAAGGACAAUGCUGCUGCAUGUCUUCAGGAGCAGCUGCACUCUCUGCAAGCUUCGAGCUCCGAUAUUGCGGCAGGAGCUCAGGUGGCUGAAGCGCAGCUCGCUGACACUCUGCAACGUGUCAAUUGCCUCAAGAGUCAUAACGAGAUACUCAUGAAACGGAACCGUGCACUGACUAUGCGUGCAGCACGUGCAUCUGCAGCAAAGCAUCACACCAUCGAGAAGACACGCAUUCACAGCACUGAGGCCACUACAAGCUCCUUCGCACUAAAGGAGAAAGGCAUCUUCACAGACACUUCCCGUGCCAUGGUGCGCAAUAUGGUUGCCACCCUAGAUGUACCUAUACGGAGUGUUAAUGCCACCAUUAAUGCCGUGGCGGAGGCACUCAGUGUUGAGAUCACUGGUUCUGUUAGUGGACACAGCAUCCGUCGAAUAGUGGCUGAGGGAGGAGUGGCUGCCGAGGCUCAACUUGUUGAUGAGAUGAACAUUGCAAAAGGAGUAACUUUGAGUGGAGAUGCAACCUCACAUAAAAAUAUCAAUUAUCAGAGCCAUCAUGUCACUUACUCGUUGCCAGAUGGUCAUGCUGCAACUCGGUUCGCUGGUAUCCUGCACGAGGUGAACUACAAGAGCGAAACACAGCUUCAGGGGUGGAAGUCACGUAUCGAGGACAUGUAUGACACCUACAAUGAUGUCGUUGGGGGUACAGCAGGCGCUCUGGAUGUCCGUGACUUCCCUUCCAAAGUGAAGGGGAUGCUUACUGAUCAUGCGGAAGAUCAGAAAAAGCUCGUUCGGCUCUUUACUGAAUGGAAACGAUCGCUUGGCGUUGAUGAACAACAGAGGUGCUGCUACAAUGCGCAUCACAACCUGCUCGCACAAAUUGGACAGGAGCAAUUUGAUUCACUUCCACAGUCCGAAAAGGAUGACAUUGACUUCUUCGUUUGGGCUGGCUGUUGCAUGCACAAAGAACUUAACGCUGCCAAAGGGGGAAAUUCUCGUAUGCGUGCCUGGUGGAUAGAAAAUAGUGUUGAGGGUCCAGUUUUAUUGAUGAACAAGGACAAUGUUGCAGCAUCUUCUGCAGGCUCGUCAACUGCCAAACAAUGUGCUAUCCAGGUUUCGACAGGAGGUGCACAAAAAGUCCUGGAACUUGCGGGUGCAGUCUUCCGGCACAAAGACGACAAGAAGGGACAACAGGAUUCACUGCGCUAUUAUUUCGAGGUUGAACUUGGCUACAGAAUCCAAUGGCCAGACACAAGCAACACACGGUAUCAUAGCCACAGUGAUGCUGCUUUUGAGUAUCUCGUAAACGACACACUUUACCUCACAUUCCUCAAACUCGUCCCCCUGAAAAAAGAAAGCCGCACAUCCACCAAUAUUGAGUACAAUGUCUACUGGGGAUUCACAUGCCUCAAAACCAAGCAGGAGAUGAUGUCUUGGGCAACAUAUAAUCAAUGUAUUACCCACCCAUACCUGCGUACAAUUUGUAACUCGACAGCCAACAUCCUAGACCUUGGACCAAUUCACAUGAAGGUCAUCUCACACCUUAAUCACAUCGUCAAUGAUAUUAAUCUAAUUCUGGCACCCGACGCUACUUACGAGACAUUGACACUCGACGGCAAGCCUUUCGAGCGGCCUGAAGCAUUUUAUGCUAUUCAACGUCUUGCACUGGAUCGCAAAACAUAUCCUCACUUCCCUCAACUCCUUGUUGCCUUUUUCGAGGGGGCUCUCGACACGUGGAUUCGAUUUUCUGCCGAGUUCGCAGCUGGCGGAGCAAUUGAUAAGUCAUCCCCUUCCCAACGACAGAUGGCUCACAUGAAAACUACCAAUGAUGACAAUGAGGGUGCCCUUGGUACUAUCCGCACAUCCCUCCGCCGUGCCCCGCACAUGUCAUUAUCGCAUUUCAAUUCUCAUUUCAUGUACAAGAAGAAUCAAAUGAACACGUACAUUGAAAAUGUUCUGGAUGUUAGUUCACGCCAGAAACUCCGAAAAAAGGCUCGUGAAAGGGACGAGAGUGGCGAGGAGCGUAAACAGCGGUUCACUGCAGUACCGGCAGCCAAACACAUACCAACCACAAAACAGAAGAAGGUGGAAGUGCUGCUGGAGGCCGUCGGACGGUAUUUGAGUGGUGAGGCAACCCCCGGUGGACAUCCAACGUCUUCGCAGCUGCAAGCGCUUGACAACAAUGCUGUUACAUCCCACUUGCUGGAACUAGGGGAUGGGGAGGACGAAGCUGAGGAUGAAUGA